UCAGACAUCGUGUUGUUUCCGUGGGGAAAGGUCGGCGUGGUCUACAAGGAAGUUUUUUAGCAUUCAGCAUACUCUAACAGGCCGUUGAUAAACCAGCAUGGUUUAUAUCAAACACUGUUGUUAUGGAACGUGCAAAAACGACACUCGUUUUCCUGACAGACCUGAAAUGCAAGGUACUUUUUUCAUACCAUUUCCGAAACCUAUUACAAAAAGGGAACAGUGUGAAAAGUGGAUACGCGCCUGCGGUCGUCCGACUGAACAGUUUAACGUAGCAAGAGUGACAAAAUCUACUUUUAUAUGUAGUAAGCAUUUUGUGGGAGGAAACGGGCCUACCAAGGAUCAUCCAGACCCUAUACCUGCUGCUGCUGCGUGCGAACAACAGAUUCGGAAGCUAAAACGUUCAAAGAAGAUAGCUCCAGUCUUGCAUCAAAAUCGGAUCGAUGCUGCGGAGGCGUUGCUCCAAUUGAGUACCAUGUCUACAAAUUUGCCUUAUGUGACAGAAGAGACAGAUUAUGAACCAGUAUUACAUGCAGAAAAAGAAUCAAAGGAGAAAAAUGAAAGUGUCAAUUCAGAAUCACAGGUAAAGAGAAGAAGUGCAACGGACAAAGUUCAAAGAAAAAGGUUGAAAAAGUCUCAAGUCCAAGUUGUGGCGUGAAGAAUCAAAGCAAAGUUAUUUUGAGAAACUUCAUUGAUAUGAGAGCAGAGACCUUACCAGCCUCCUUACUCCAUCCACAGUUGAUAAUUUGUUUCAAAUUUCAUGGAGAGACCCAUUGGAAGGUCGUUAUAAAAGGAAUCUUCAGUAGCUGUUAUAGUUGCAGUGUCUGCAGAUCUUGGCUGGCGUAUCUGAAUUAUUUAUUGUGUCAACCAGACGCACCACCAAGUCCAUGGCUGUUUUAUUCUGCACUUAUUCACCCUUCUUGUAAGGAUGGCAAGGACCAUCUGGUUCAUUAUCAGUGAUGCUUACCCUAUGGAAAAAAGUUGACUGCUCAUUCCCAGGUAUUUAUUUUCUGGACAUGUUCUUUGGCUGACUGGGGUAGGACUGAUGAAAGUUAAAAAAGAGUCAGAAAAUACUCAAGCACUCCAGGUUGCCCAAUGCCUAAGGUCCUCCACAACCUUGCAACCCCAGGGCAAUUCCCUGAGGUUGAUGGCAGAAAUAUAUGAGUUAAAAAGUGUAAAGGGGAGUCAGGUUGCAAUUGGUGGUUUGGUACAAAGACAAAUUAGAGAUGAAAGCAGAGAUGAUCAAAACUAGGACUUGUGAAAAUUACCAAAAUUUUGUGAUUGCCACGGAAGCUAGUGUUUCAACCUGUUAAAUGGGCAUUUAGUUUUGGACAGACAGAUUCAAGUUCCAUAGUUUUCAUCAUUGAAAGCUUCUGCGCACCACCUAGCAUUAUUCUGGUCCAUUAUGUAAAGAUUUUUGGUAGAUAGUAUACUUUAUCCAUUUGGUACACAAAUGUAUACAGGUAUGUACAUACACACACACUAUUUAUUAUAUUUAAUGUUAAAGUGGCAACAACAGAAUGUUUUGAGUCUGUCUCACACUGAAAAAGCAGAAUAUUUUUUGUGAUGCCUUAUUUUUCAGUAAAGUCACCUUCCAACCCCACACAUUUGUUCCACCUUGUUUGCUUGUCAUUGAUACCAGAUCAGAAGAGCUGGGCAUCU